UGGUGCACAGCCGAGGCGGGACUGUCGACAGCCUGCAAAGAUUCGCCAGCUCGCCAGUCUAUCUCCCGGUGAAUUACCACCUCUCCAACACUGAGGCUUCCUUUUUCCUCAAAGAGACCAACCAAGAGAUCGUGAGGAAUGCCAGCUUGCAAUCCCGCACGGAGCCUUUCCUGGUUUACAAAACCACCCGCUUGCCUGUCUUAAAUGCUACUUAUGGCCCUUUUGCCGUGGAGCAGAUUAUGCCUCCGCACCUGUGGCUGACCUCUCCUCUGUUCGGUUUCCCUGACCAGUUCACUUUUCAUUGGAAGUUACAAUCCCGCGUCCUGGACAACUCGGUGUAUUCCAAUAGGCCCAAAGUCCAGGUUUUGUUUUACGUGGCUGGCAAAGAUUGGGAAGACCACGAUCCGGCUGAGAUCUUACCUUGUGUCCAGUUGGUGGCUUCCCGGGAGGACAGAGUAGUUGUUGGCAACUGUCGAUUGAAAGGUCCUCUGGGGUUAUGUGUCGCAGAGCUGGAGUUCCCACCGGCUUGGUUCAACUCAGAGCUGUCCACUCCGUUGACCCCGUUGUCUUCAGAGUACCAAGAGAUGGAGGACUCCUGGGAAGGGAUCACCGUGGAGCUUUUCUAUUGGAUGUACGCAGAAGCGGAAGAAGAUUGUCCUUCAGGAGAUCCAGAUCUGGAGAGCUUCUUUCAUCCAGGAGGCCAAGAGGAGGCCCAAGGGCCCGUAUCCUCAAUGGAAAAAGUCGGCAGUAUUAUUCUUUUUCCGACUCCAGACAAGCUCAAGAAGUCAUCCCUGAAGCUUGACAAUAACCUUGUCCUCUGUUUGCCACGUGGCCCAGUCAAGGAAGGAGAUCUUGUCAUGUUUCACGUCUCUCUCACCAGUGGCUCACUAGCAGAUCAGUUUACACUAAGAGUUAAGGCUGCCCCAGGUGUGAAGAUCAUCGACAUUCGCGUCAUCGAUCCACACCGGUGGCAAGUUCAACAAGAUGUUGACAAUGGACGGACGCAGACGACUGCUACCAUUGUGUGCGAGCGCAUUGAUCCCCACACCGAGAACUGGAUCAACAUAACUUCUUAUGAGAUCUUUCAAAUGGAUUUUGGAAUCGACAACAGCAGUGAGUUGGCUGGAGCACAACAAAUUACCUGGCAGGUCGAGUAUCCUCGAGAUGAGGCCGCGAGUGAGCUGGUGGUCUCCGAGAUCUUUGUCAGCCAAUCCAUGUUCCUGGGAAUUGUUCCCCUUGCGAUGGAUACAGAGGUCCUCAACACAGCCAUUCUGACGGGCAAGCCAGUGUCCAUCCCUGUGAAAGUGGUUGCGGUUGAAGAAGACGGCUCCAUCAGAGACAUCUCCCGUUCCACUGAAUGCAAAUCAGCUGAUGAAGAUGUCCUCAAGGUCUCAGACGACUGCGAUGCCAUCUUUGUGAACGGGAAGGAAAUGAAAAGCAAAGUAGACGCCAUUGUGAACUUCACCUACCAGCAUUUUACCACUCAGCUAGAAAUCACUGUAUGGGUCCCACGGCUCCCAUUACAAAUUGAGAUCUCCGAUACCGAACUGAGCCAGAUCAAAGGUUGGAGAAUUCCCGUCACCUCCAACAAAAG